AUUACAACACAUUGCAACGAUCAAAAGCAGAUCAAUCUCUCAAAAUCCGUUUUGUCUGAAUGUAGCGAUAGACUAAAAUCCAUGUUACACUCUUUUUCAAACACCACAUCAAUCUCUCUUUACUUACCAUCCUCGUCAAAUGUUUUGCAACAAAUCAAAGAAUAUUUGGAAGAAAGACGAGAAACCAUAAAAUCAAUGCAAAAUGCGAUGGACGUGUUCUCCAUAAGCAAACGACUAAAAUUACCUGAUUUAAAUAAUGUAUGUCGCGAUUUCAUGACCGAUCCAUCAAGACUUAAGGACGUGUGUUAUGUAUAUGAGUUUGCAAGUCAACAGGACGAUAAGAAAUUAGAAUAUUUGUGCUGGAAUAUAUGAAGUUCGAGAUGGCAGGAAAUUUUCUCAUCGGAUGAAUGGCUAAACUGUGAAGCAACAACCAUGAAUAGACUCGUUCGCAGGCCAAUAAAUCGAUUUAUUGAGGAAGCAGAUGUCUUCAAAAUAGUUUUAAAAUGGGCCAAGAAAAGAGUUAAUAAUGAAAAUUCUCUAACGCAGGUGAUGAAACCACUCCUUCAAUACAUACGAUUUCUGACAAUGCCUGAAUGGUUUCUGGAAUCUCAGGUAUUCAUUGAACCGAUUUUAACUAACAUAGAGAGAGAUGCAAUAAGAUGUUACUUGCAAAAUAAGGAUUUCGACGAAACGUGGUUUAUUCCGGACAGUAUUUGUGCCAUUAUAUGCCCAAGAAAGCACGAAUUGCUCUCUUCCUGGUUGUGUUAUGUGAAUAGAAGUGCAUACUUUAUUAACAAAGUAAAAAUAAUGAAUACAAAUAUUCGAUUCAUAUGUGACAUAGUUGCGAAGGAAGACUGUUUCAUUAACAAAUUGCAUCUUCCUAUAACACAUUGCAGAAAAGAAGGAAUACCUGUAAGCUUAAAGUUUUUUCUUAACUUGAAGUUACGGACGAAAUAUCGUUUCAAAACAGCAUGUAAUACGAACGGAUAUAUUUCAUCGAGUCGUCCUCUAUGGAUUCCAAAGUUUACAUUUUAUCGAUUGAUUGUUAGAAUUGUAGAUACAUACAUCACGGCAGAAAAUAACAUAAGAAUCAGUCUCUCGGAAAAUUACUACAAUACAUUCGAAGGAAUUCAAAGUUUUAAAUAUUUGCAAUCUGGAUUGAAAUUGAAUGAUAAAUUGGAGUACAUCUGUUUCGAUGUCGUACCCGAUUUUUAAAGACAGAUACUGAAAUUCGAUUUCGUUCUUAUGAUAUAAUGCUAAUUUCG